GUACUUAAAAACCCGCAACCUUGUCUCAACACACCAGUCAUGGCUAUUCCUCUUGGUACAGUAAUUCGCGCUUUCAGUGCAUUCUCCAUUAUCUUUCCCCAUUUGGUUCUAUCAAAAGUGUUUCGUAGGUGCGAAUUAGCUCAAGAGCUCAGAAAUGUUCACGGAAUUUCCAUGAACGAUUUACCCAUGUGGAUUUGCAUUGCUCAACACGAGUCUCAGUUCGACACUUCCGCCAAAAACGCAGGAAGCGGUGAUCACGGAAUUUUUCAAAUAAGUGAAAUUUACUGGUGUUCCGCAACAGGUAAAGGUUUAUACGAAUGUGGUCUUCCUUGUUCAGCUUUUCAAGAUGACGACAUCACCGACGAUGUAGAAUGUGCUAAGAAAAUUUAUGAUGAGCAUAUGAAGAUCACUGGAGAUGGUUAUAACGCUUGGUCGGCUUAUGCAUCAUUUUGUAAAAACUCCACCAGAUUGCCUCUGUACAUUGUCGGUUGUUUCGAUGAAGAUAACUUUAUACAGUACGAACCGGAAGAAGUUAAAUCAUUCGAAGGAUUCCGGAAAGCACCUUUCCGUCAGCCCCCGCAGUAUCCUUAUCAUCCCCAUUUACAAUUUUUGAAAAUCGCCAAUUAUGCUCAUCAGAAAUUAAUGUUUGAUCCGCCGUUAAUAACAACCAUCUCCCCACCAAAUGCAUUCAAUGAAUUUAUUGAAACUUCAGAAAAUGAAGUAAAAAGUCAAGGUAAACAGGUGUAUGCUAAGCCAAGAGGAUAUUCAACUACCAGCAACAGUUAUAGCUUGCAGAACACUUUUGGAACGAAUUAUCAAAAUCGACGAUUUAGCAAUCCGCGAAACUUUCCAACGACCUUCAGACCUGUCUACAGAGGACGAAGCAGACUAAAUAACCAAUGGUAUCGAUCGGAAACAGAAUCUCCACAAAUUUCUUUUUAUCCCACCAUAAGAACUGGUCGUACAAGAGCUAUAUUUCCAACUACUUUUCCACAUUCAUCUUCUUUAUUCUUGGAUACUAAACAAAAUUUUCAGCCAGAUUUCUACGAUUCUUUUGGGGACGAGAGUAGAAUAGACUCAAUCCCUUUUCAACAACAAAUAUCACAAGGUAUUCCAUCGGCAAAAUUUUUAACAACAGAAUCGCUAAAACAUCAUCAUAGACCUAUCAAAAUAAAACAUAAAUUUACUUCAAAAUUCACGUCAUCAACACAACCUGUAUCACAAUUUUCUUCUAUAGCAAGCACCCAUUCAUCUAGCAUUGCUUCCAUAAGUUCUUCUGCUGCAACGUCUAUCAUCCCAAGUUCCACUACCCCUAAUUCUACUACUUCAACUUCUAUUUCUUCAGGUUCAACAGCAACAACAACAGAAAGAACGUCAACAGAUGCUGAAACAAUCGAAACAUCUCCUGCUACUGCGAUCAGGGAAUCAUCCACAAACAGUUUGUUCCUCAAGACCAAACCAUCAAUCAACACUUUUGUCGAGAGGUUCUUGAAAGACUUCGCAAACGGUGUUAUGCAUAUGAGACCAAAUAUCAAAAACAACGGGGUGUUGAAUCACGUAAUGCGUCAUGUCAUACAGGAUUUACGAUAA